CUCUUUCAGCAUGUCCAAGUUGAAAUCAGUUUUCUUCUGUGCAUUUCUUGCUUUUAUUCUUAACGUGUCAGGAUCCGAGAACACUGGCCGUUCUAUGUGCCUAUUGCAGGAUCCCCCGAAUCAAUGUGGGGAAUUCUGCCUCACCGCGCUGAUGCCCCUGAUUAAUCAUAUAGCCAUGCACCAGGACCAGUGGAAAACCUGCGAUAAUGUCAACUUAAACGAAACCCAGGCUAAAUUGGCAAGAAUCGAGGACCAGUUGACAGCGGUAAAAAGCAAGACAGAUGAACAACUGCAGGCAUUGCUGGUUAAGAUCGGAAGCCAACAAACGGCCUUGUUGGAAACCCUUUCAAAAAUGGAUAAGAAAAUUGCUAAAUUGCUCCAGUUUGAAAAAAUCGGCAAAAGGCUCUUUUACAUCGAACACAACCUUAAACUGGGUUGGGCUGACGCCAUAAAGUUUUGUCGCAAAAUGGAUGGGCAACUAGCCUCCAUCGAAAGCGAAUGGGAAUUCGGGGAGAUCAGCAAGAAAUUGAAGGAAGGUACUAGCUACACGUUGGACAUAAACGAUAUUAAGAAGGAGGGCGAAUUCAUAGUAGAGGCAACUGGCAAGGAAGCUCCAUUCUUGAAGUGGAAACCGGGUGAACCCAGAUACGACUACAAGAGUCAGCAUUGCGUAUCCAUGCAUGAUGGUGGCAUGUGGGCAGACAGUUGCACUGGAGUUAAACACUUUAUUUGCCAGGCGGAUGAUACAGUUUAGUUGGAUUAAAAUAAAAGAAACGACAAAAAUAUGUUAAUUCAAAAGAUCUAAAAAAAAGCAAUCAAAAAUAAAUUU